UUCGAAUGCAUUUUCAGGUGGGGACAUCGCGAAGUGGCCAAGCUCUACGAGUCGUAUUCCCAGAUCACAAAGCACCGAACAUAUGAGGGCGACAUCCGUAUCAAGGAUUGCGAUGAAAACGGUACGCAGGUAGUCGUUGAAAACGCCGGCGCAGUCGAGCACCGCUUGAGUGGCUAUCGUCUGAGCCGGACAGUUGAUGGCAUUGAAAGAUCCUUCACAUUCCCACCGCUCUUUGUGCUGUACCCUGGACAAACUGCACAGGUCUCUUCACUUGCCCUAACACAAGUGAGAAGUGAUCACCAUCAUCACUUCGUGCUGGAUCAUCACAGCACUUGGGGCGUCGGUGCCAGUGUCAUCACAUACUUGUAUAACUCUCAAGGAAAGGAAGUGGCGAGCUUCGAAGUAAAAACUCUCUAG